AUGAAGAACUAUACAAAAGAAAAGUUGAUUCGUGCUGUCGAAAGUGCUUUUAGUUCACCUGUUGCUGCCAAAGAGUUUAAUGCACCUGAAAGAACGAUACGUUCUCACAGGCAAAUGCCAUUACAAAAGAUUGGUGCUGGUCGAUGUCGUUAUCUUAUUGAUAAUGAAGAAAAUCAUCUAGUUUCAUUAUUUCAAAUUUUACCGAAUUACGGAUUUUCAUUAACUGCGGGUGUUGCUAUUCAAAUCUCAUUUGAAUAUAUGAAAUCACUUGGCUUGUUCUUCAAACCUGGACGAAAAUGGUUACAAGCAUUUGUCAAUCGGCAUCGUAUGAAAAUUAAAUGGAAAAAAGAAGAAAAACUUGAGCCAAUACGUUCUGAAAAAUUUACUGAAGAAACACGUCGUGGUUGGUUUUCAUUGCUCAAGUUAACAUUAGAAAAACUUGAUCUAAUGGAUAAACCCUGCCAAAUAUUUAAUGCUGAUGAAACAGGGUUCAGUGAUAAAACAAGUGGUAAGGUUCUCACAUAA